AUGCUGCCGGUCUCGCGGCCUGAAGGUCAGAUGAGUUUCAAUUACAGCCAGCCCUCGACGGGUCGCAGUUCGCCCAGCGACGUGGCUGGAUCGGGGACCCCGAAAGCACCGUUUGGCACCUCUGCAGGAUCGAUCGGUAGCUCACGACUAGGGGCUGGAUCCCCUUCGCACGAUUUGGGAACUCGUCUAUACUCGAAACGAGCCCGCGAAAUCCAGGCACAAGAAGGCGUCUCUCCCAGCAUUUGGGGUCCUCCGACCAGCGGUCACUCCACCCCACUGCGCGAGAAUAUCCCUGAAUCUCCCAGCCAGGAUAGCUUCCCUGAUCUUAUCCCCAGCUCGAAUGGCUCCAUCAACCCCACCGGUCGGCGAGCCCGAGCGGGCACCGUCCCUUCUCGAUUCCCUCCGAUGGGCACCCUGAAUGAGAUGGAUUCCCAACAGCCCUUCAUGUCGCAGACAUCUCGACCGACGCCUUCAACGAGCCCGUUCCGCCCGCCGGGGGUUUCAGGAAUAGAUUCGGGUUCCAAAGUGGCCAGCUCUGCCGCGGCGCCCAAUCCAGCUAUGCUGUCACGUCUUCGAGCGGGCUCGAUGCCACAGAGGAGCAGUCUGUUGGGAUCGGGCAGCCCCUUUGGCCCGUCUCUGUUCUCCACGAACUGGUCAACGGGUCGCGAUCGUGCUACAACUUUGACCAGUAUCCAGUCCUCCGACGGGCCCUCCUCGCCCAGUCAGGCAUCUUUCUACAGAGACGGACUUGCGGACACUGAUGUGAAGACGCUGGAUUAUCUGGGUCUGGCAGAGACCCCGCAGCAAGCCAGGGCUACCCUUGCGCGACCUUCAAUGGAACAGCUGAUCCAACAGCAGCAACAGCAGCAGCAAGCUUCUUCACUACCGCCUCUCUUAGCUGAGUUGGCAAUGAUGAAGAACAACAGUCGGUUCCGAUCAUAUUCGGUCAAUGCCAAGGAGAAGUACGCGGAUGAUGAGGAUUUGGAGUAUGAAAGCCGCUACUCUCAGGCCUCGGGUACCCUCACACCGUCCGCGGCCGCAACAGCCGCUCAACUGGCCGCCACUCAAGCCCAAAUCCAUCAGCACAACCUUGCCGUUCAGGCUUUUGCCAACCACGCGUCUGUCUCCCGGCCUCGGGCUCGGACGGCUGGAAUCUUGGAAGCUCCUCCCCAACGCUCCUCGAUUCGGAACUACCUCGCCACCCCUUCCCGCCUGGAUAACAGCUACAGCGCUGCGGAUCUGCAGAUCGCGGAGAAUGGUGAAUAUGAUGAUCUUUCCGAAGCGGUUCAGAUGAUGCAGCUUGGCGCCGGUGCUGCCGUCGGUAUGCGGCCUGCCGGCGAGAUGGCAGACGAGGCCAAUCAGGAUGGGCCAACGCGAGCGUUGUGGAUCGGUAGCAUCCCCGUUUCGACCACUGUGACGUCCCUAGAAGCCAUCUUUGGCAUGUACGGGAAGAUCGAGUCCACGCGCGUGCUGACUCACAAGAACUGUGGGUUUGUCAACUUUGAACGCAUUGAGAGCGCCGUGCAGGCAAGGUCCCUUCUGAAUGGCAAGGAGAUCUUCCCUGGUGCUGGACCAGUGAGGAUCGGGUACGCCAAGGUUCCUGGCGCUUCAGCGACUGGCACACCCAGUGCGAAUGGCGUCCAGUCUUCUCCGACUCCGGAUCCGAAUUUCAAGGCCAAUUUCGCGUCAGGCGAUGGUGCUGAUCAGGGUGAAGCUCUAGGUGUUGUGCCUCAGAUUGCCGCACUUGAGGAUCUGUUGCCGGAGAUGGUGCCGAUUGUCCAAGAAUUCGGUGCUACCGAGGACGAUUGCCGCAACAUCACCGCAACCAUUGAGAGUGCUAUUGCCUUCCAGGCGUUCGAGGAUGAAAUCCCUCCCAUUCCUGAACCGAGUCAGACGAGAAUGUUUGACGCGCCUCGUCUGCGUGAUAUUCGGAAGCGAAUUGACAACGGAGCCUGCUCUAUCCAAGAGAUUGAGGAAACUGCUGCCUCGAUGCUGCCCGAGAUCGCAGAACUAGCCUCCGAUUACCUUGGGAAUACAGUGGUUCAGAAACUAUUUGAAUUCUGCAGUGAAUCAACCAAGGAGCAGAUGCUCUCCCACAUCGCGCCUCACCUUGCCGAAAUCGGUGUUCACAAGAACGGAACCUGGGCUGCCCAAAAGAUUAUCGAUGUUUGCAAGACUCCGACCCAGAUCAAGAUGAUUGUUGAUGCCCUGCGGCCAUAUACCGUUCCGCUUUUCCUCGACCAGUACGGAAACUACGUGCUACAGUGCUGCCUUCGAUUCGGCGCCCCUUACAACGACUUCAUUUUUGAGACCAUGCUGAGCCGGAUGUGGGAGGUCUCUCAGGGCCGCUUUGGUGCUCGCGCGAUGCGAGCUUGCCUGGAGAGUCACCACGCAACAAAGGAUCAGCAGCGAACGCUCGCGGCGGCCAUCGCCCUUCACAGUGUGCAGCUGGCCACCAAUGCCAACGGGGCCCUGCUUCUGACCUGGUUCCUCGACACCUGUACAUUCCCGCGUCGCCGGACUGUUCUCGCUCCAAGACUGGUUCCUCACCUUGUCCAUCUUUGCACUCACAAGGUCGCCUACCUUACCGUCCUCAAAGUGAUCAACCAACGCAAUGAGGCGGAGGCUCGAGACACUAUUCUGAAAGCUCUCUUCUUCAGCCCCGGCGAUGAAGUGUUGGAGAAGAUCCUCAGCGACCAAACCUCGGGAGCUACUUUGAUUUUCAAGGUCCUAACCACGCCAUUCUUCGACGAGUCAAUGCGAUCUGAUGUGGUCAAGAAUGUGUCCAAGGUACUCACCAAGCUGAAAGCCUCCCCAAGCCAGGGCUACAAACGUUUGAUGGAUGAGGUUGGACUUUCUUCGCGCAGCAGCGGCCGGGAACACCACCACGGACGCGAGGGAGCAGGAGGACAUCCGUCCACCAUGGAGAAACCCCAACAUCGCCAAUCCUCUCGGCAUGGCACCUCCAACUACCCCUCGCAACAACCCCUGGAAAGACAGUACAGUGGACAAUUUGCCCCUAACAUCGACCCCUCGCGGCCUAUCUCCGCAGAUAAAGCCAACGCUCCGGCGCUGGACGUAUAUUCCAACAAUGGCAUCAACGGGCUCAACGGCGCCUUCGGCCAUGACCCCGUGACCUCUCUCAGCCAACAACAGCUGCAGUACCAGGCCUACCUCGCCUCUCAAGGCCGCGGUGUUUCCCCAGCCGGUAUGUAUGGGGGCAUGUCGGGCGCUGCUGGGUUUGGAUACCCAGGCGGCUCGCCUUCGGUCGAGAACCUGCGCUCCAUGCAAGUGCAGCACGCCGCCUCUCCCUUAUCCGCUGCGCCCGGCCAGAUGAGCCCAAGCCCCAUGCUCGGCCAGUCCCAUUACCCGCCGCAGCAGUUCAGCCCCGCCGUCAACCCAGCCCAGCUGUACCAGUAUCCACCGCAAUUCUACUCCCCCGCGCAAUCCGUGCCGGGCCAGUCUAGCGGUGGUGGCGGCGGUCGACGUGGCCGGCGGUGA